AUGGGAGUCCUCAAGAUCAUGCUGCUCAUCUUUGAGUCCGUUCUGUUGUCUGACUGUGCAAGGGGUCCUCCGUGGGUGUCUGAGAGGGUGGCCCACAGACAGCCAGUGCGCCUGGGGAGUUCCAUCAAGCUACCAUGCCCUGUGGAGGGAGAGCCUCCACCCCUCAUCAUGUGGACCAAGGACGGCCGCAACAUCCACAGCGGCUGGAUCCGCUUCCGCAUCCUCCGCCUGGGCCUGAAGAUCAAGGAGGUGGAGGCCGAGGAUGCUGGAACCUACGUCUGCAAAGCCACCAAUGGCUUCGGCAGCGUUAAUAUCAACUAUACCCUCAUUGUCAUCGAUUACUCUGGCGCUGAUAAGACUGGGCCAGGGGUCCCUGGUGGGGUGGACUCAGAGUAUGGCCCUGACGGCCUAUCAGGAAAACUAGUUCGUCCCCGUUUCACCCAGCCUGCUAAAAUGAGGAAGCGUGUGAUCGCCCGGCCCGUUGGGAGUUCUGUGCGGCUGAAGUGUACGGCCAGCGGUAACCCUCGGCCAGACAUCGUGUGGCUGAAGGACGACAGGCCACUGACGGAGAGUGAGGUGGGCGAGGGGCGCCAGAAGAAGUGGACCCUGAGCCUGAGGAACCUGACCCCGGAGAACAGCGGCAGGUACACCUGCAGGGUCUCCAACCGAGCCGGAGAGAUCAACGCCACCUACAAAGUGGAGGUUAUACAGCGGACCAACUCCAAGCCCAUCCUGACAGGCACUCACCCGGUCAACACCACAGUGGACUACGGUGGGACUACCUCAUUCCAGUGCAAAGUGAGGAGCGAUGUCAAACCCGUCAUCCAGUGGCUCAAGCGUGUGGAGUCCAACGAGGAGAGUCGGUACAACUCCACCAUUGAGGUGGGCGACCAUCACUUCGUGGUGCUGCCCACGGGAGAGGUGUGGUCACGCCCUGAUGGCUCCUACCUCAACAAGCUGCUCAUCACCCGUGCCAAGGAGGAGGACUCUGGCAUGUACAUCUGUCUGGGUGCCAACACCAUGGGCUACAGCUUCCGCAGCGCCUUCCUCACCGUUCUGCCAGACACCAAGCCACCCAUCACCCCGAUGUUCACCCCAGCCUCCAGCCCCCUCUCCUGGCCUGUCAUCAUUGGCAUCCCUGCUGGCAUGGUGUUCAUCUUUGGUACAGUGCUGCUGUGGUUCUGCCAGAGUAAAAAGCACUGUUCCCCAACCAGCACUGCGUCUGCCCAGGUCCUGCAGGCCUCCCACCGGCUGCCCUACCGGGAGAGGGACAGGAGCUUUGUGGCCCCUUCCUCCAGCCCAGAGAAGGACUGCCUAGGCUCCAUAAACUAUGAGGAGUAUCUGGCUCAGCAGCAGCUUCUCCUCACUCAAGGGGGCUCUGCCCUCCCCCCCAAAAUCUACAAUGACAUCCACACUCACACACACUCCCACGUGGACGGGAAGGUGCACCAGCACAUUCACUUUCAGUGUUAG